AUGGAUUGUGAUUAUUAUCUAUAUGUUUUAUGUCUUAUUCCAUGUGGUUGUAUGGAAUUUUAUAUUUCAAAGACAAAAUAUUCAUCAGCCUCAUCAUCAUCAAAAUCCGUAUCGAAAGAUCGUGGAACACUUUUUUUCAUUUGGUUAAUUAUUAUAUGUUCCAUUGCAUUUUCUUCCUAUUAUGUUCGUUUAGGUUAUGGAUCGAAAAUUAUUAGUAAUCAUCUAUUUAAAUUUUACUUCUGGAUACCAUUUAGUAUAAGUUUAUAUUUAAUGGGUGUUUUUAUACGAAAACAAUCAAUAGAACAAUUAGGAAAAUGGUUUACAACAGUUGUUCGUAUAGAUGAAUGUCACGAAUUAAUUGAUUCUGGAUGGUAUGGAAGAAUGAGACAUCCAUCAUAUACCGGUACAUUAUUAUAUUUUCUUGGUUUAGCUUUAUUAUUAAACAAUUGGUUGAGUUUAUUUGGUUUAAUUAUACCUAUUUAUUCAGUCUUUUUUUAUCGUAUUCAUAUCGAAGAACAAGAAUUAAGAAAACAUUUUGGAAUUAAAUAUGAAGAAUAUAGACAUAAAGUACCAAAUAUUCUUAUUCCAAAAAUAUUUUAA